AUGACUGCCCCCGAGUCUCCCAAGAAGCAGACUACCGAAAUUGCUCGCCCUGUUACGGUUGAGGAGAGCAACCUCAUCCGUGAGCAGGUCGUCGAAACCACCCAGCAGCUCGAGCGAACUGUCAAGCGCGUCGAUCAAGCCGUCGAGCAAGUUGAGCGCACUGCUGGUCAAGUCCAGCAGACAACCAUGAAAGUCGCCCAGCACACCGAGCUCCUCGAAGACAACGACAGUAUGAUCAACUCCUGCGGCAACGAUCUGUUCCAACUCCAGGAGCAGGUCCGAUGCAACGAAGAGGAGUUCGAGCGCUUCAAGGAGAAGGUGGAGAUGUGCUUCCGGGAAAACAGGCUCUUGACCAUGGAGGCCUACGCUAUCGUCGUCGAAAUGGCGAAGGGCAGUGGUAACGAGGAACGCCUUCGUAGCUUCUGGGCCCGCAUCGCUCGCUUCGAGGAGCAGGUUGACGCUAACGAGCAGGCUGAGGCUAACGGCGAUGUGGAUGGCAUGGUCGCCGAUGCCACCAACGGGGUGCAGCGCAUGGGCAUGUAG